AUGAAAAAUCAUGGAUCACGCCCAACUGGCUCUGGCUCUACUCCAUUCCCUGAAGCGAAUGCGACAUCCCAUAGUGGGAAAGAGCAAAAGGCUAGAGAUCACACCAGCAGUCGUGGUCGAGGUCAUGGUCACGGCCGCGGACGUGGACAUGAUCGUGGUCGAGGUGGCCAUUUUAGGAACUCAUACUCUCACCAGAAGUGGGACAAUAAAGAUGGAAAUAAGAAUGAGAAGGAUAAAAAUGAAAAUAUAUGCUACCGGUGGAGGAAAAGGCCAUUGGUCUCGUGUGUGUCGCAAACCAAAACAUCUAGUAGACCUCUAUCAACAAUCAAUCAAACAGAAAGGAAAGAAAGUGGAAACAAAUUUGGUGUACGAGGAUGGCGAAGGUGA